UCGGUCGCUCAGUCACUAUGACGGCCCCUCCCUGUACGUCAUGCGCGUGCGCGCUUAAUUCCGGCCUCUAACCUAGGUAGCCGAAAGGCUGGAAGAAACAGAACGAGAAAGUCGGGGAAAAGGGUGACCGCGCAUGCGCCUCUUUCUGUUUCCUAUACACCCGACCUUGCAAGCAAGACAACAGCGGGUUGGAGUGCAGAGCGGAUCUGAGUGAUGCUGGGUACGAGGUGAAGUUAGCACAGCCGUCGUGCGAGCGGCAGGAUACCUCUCCCCAUUCCUCAGGAGUAAUGGACAGGUAACAGGAUACUAUUCUGCUGUGGUGCCAGUGAGUAAGAAUGACAGAGUGCUUCCUGCCCCCCACCAGCAGUCCCAGCGAACACCGCAGGGUAGAGCAUGGUGGAAGUCUGGCCAGGACCCCAAGCUCUGAAGAAAUCAGCCCAACCAAAUUCCCUGGUUUAUAUCGCACGAAUGAGCCUUCACCACCUCAUGACAGCCUCCAUGAGCCUCCUGAUAUUGUGUCUGAUGAUGAGAAAGAACAUGGGAAGAAGAAAGGGAAAUUUAAGAAAAAGGAGAAAAGAACGGAAGGUUAUGCAGCUUUUCAGGAAGAUAGCUCUGGAGAUGAAGCUGAAAGUCCUUCUAAGCUAAAACGCUCUAAAGGGAUUCAUGUUUUUAAGAAGCCAAGUUUCUCCAAAAAGAAGGAAAAAGACUUUAAGAUAAAAGAAAAACCCAAAGAUGAAAAGCAUAAAGAUGACAAGCACAAGGAAGAGAAGCAUAAAGAGAAGAAAUCAAAAGACUUGACAGCAGCAGAUGUUGUCAAACAAUGGAAAGAGAAGAAGAAAAAGAAAAAAACAGUUCAAGAGGUAGAAAUGCCACCAGUGGAGGUUCCUAGUCACCGGCCUGUGUUUGGAGUCCCUUUGAGUGAUGCAGCCGAAAGGACCAUGUUGUAUGAUGGCAUCCGUCUACCAGCAGUGUUCCGGGAAUGUAUAGAUUAUGUAGAAAAAUAUGGCAUGAAAUGCGAAGGCAUCUACAGAGUGUCAGGAAUUAAAUCAAAGGUGGAUGAGUUAAAAGCAGCAUAUGACCGAGAAGAAUCCCCUAACCUAGAGGACUAUGAGCCCAACACAGUAGCUAGCUUGUUGAAACAAUACCUGCGUGAACUUCCUGAAAACCUGCUUACCAAAGAGCUGAUGCCUCGUUUUGAAGAUGCUUGUGGGAAGAGCCUGGAGUCUGAGAAACGGCAGGAAUGCCAGCGCCUCCUGAAAGAGCUUCCAGAAUGUAACUUCCUCUUGAUUUCUUGGCUGAUGGUGCAUAUGGACCAUGUCAUUGCAAAGGAGCUAGAAACAAAAAUGAAUAUCCAAAAUAUUUCUAUAGUGCUCAGUCCAACUGUCCAGAUCAGCAACCGUGUCCUUUACGUGUUUUUCACUCAUGUACAAGAAUUCUUUGGAAAUGUGGUCCUCAAGCCAGUAACAAAGCCUCUUCGUUGGUCUAACAUGGCAACCAUGCCAGCAUUGCCAGAAACACAGGAAAGCAUUAAAGAAGAGAUCCGAAGACAGGAGUUUCUUUUGAACUGUUUGCACCGAGAUCUUCAGGUAGGGAUUAAAGAUUUAUCCAAAGAAGAAAGAUUAUGGGAAGUGCAGAGGAUUUUGACAGCUCUGAAAAGGAAGCUAAGAGAAGCUAAAAGACAAGAAUGUGAAACAAAGAUUGCGCGAGAAAUUGCUAGUCUUUCAAAGGAGGAUGUUUCCAAAGAAGAAAUGAAUGAAAAUGAAGAAGUUAUAAAUAUUUUGCUGGCUCAGGAGAAUGAGAUUUUGACAGAACAGGAAGAACUAUUAACAAUGGAACAGUUUUUACGUCGACAAAUUGCAUCUGAAAAGGAGGAAAUAGAUCGUCUCCGAGAAGAAAUAGCAGAAAUUCAAAGUCGCCAGCAUGGUCGCAGUGAAACCGAAGAAUAUUCUUCUGAGAGUGAGAGUGAGAGUGAAGAUGAAGAAGAGUUACAGAUAAUCUUAGAAGAUUUGCAACGGCAGAAUGAAGAACUAGAGGUUAAGAAUAACCAUCUGAACCAAGCGAUUCACGAGGAGCGCGAGGCCAUCAUUGAACUGCGAGUACAGCUUCGCCUCUUGCAGAUACAGCGAGCCAAAACGGAGCAGCAGGUGCAGGAAGAGGAAGAGCUUGAGAAACGAGGGGGCCCGAUGCAGCAGCAGCCGCCCCUGCCAAGAGACAGUGUCCCAGAGACAAAAGCUAUGAAAGAGCAGCCAAAGGCAAUCCAGGAGUCAGUAAAGCCAUCUCCAAGCAAGGAUAGAAAAGAAACUCCAAUUUAAUUGGAUUUCUGAGCAUUUGAAUUCUUGCCUGUGCAAAGCCAGGACUGCGCAACUUACUGUAAAUUUAUGGCCUGUACAUUCUGUAAAUAUUUUCUCUUUUACAUUCUGGGGAUAUUUUGUCCCCGUCCUAUGUGUGGCUUCUGCCUAUCAGGCUCAGGUUACUUGGAAAGAUAAAGCAGAGAGAGAGAGAGAGAUGGCAGGAGGUGGCAGCUCUCUAGUUACUCAGCCUUGUGAAACAUUAGCUUUGGCUGAUCUUUGGGAAUUGAGGGGAUGAUGGUACAUUUUAGAACGAUUACAUACUCACUCUGAAGCAGACUUUCAAAAUCUCUCAUGCAUUAUCUGUCCAAGGGCUACUUCAUACAAGAUAUUUCAUUGCACAGAUGUAGGAAAAAGUACAGAGUCUUCUGGGCAUAUAGCAAUAUGUCUUGUAAUACUUGGCCACCAGAAAUUUCAGGUAGAGAAGGUUGCAUAUCCCCUUCCCCCAAAUCUCUCCAUUUGGUUAUCUUUCUGGCCACACAUGCAGAUGACUGUGUUUCUCUCUGACCAGCACCGAAACCAGAGGAGGGGAGAACACUGCACAACCCCUCUCUUUGCCAUUUGCGGGUAGUCUAAUUUAAAAGGUAGCAUUUCCAUUCUGGUCUUGAAAAGGAGCUUCCUCUUAGCAUCAAAAUGGCUUUUAUGACGUUAUUUACAAGGCUGAUACGUCACUAAUCAGUGCAGUUGUCUGUUAAGUGUUUAUAGAGAAGCCACACUUGGCACAGCAAAAUAGAUGCAAGCAUAUUCCACAAUGGUCCAUGUUUUUCUGUGGAGGUAAAGUAAUUGUAUGAAAAGUGGCUGUUGGUUAAGAAUGGGGAGAUCCAAUCCAUAUCCCAUUCAUUUAUUUGCUUUGUAAUUUUUUUGCUCUCGUUCCUCAUAAUUGUCUUUAUUCACUCUUACUUGUGCCUUUCAGUAACAAAGGAGCUUUACAAAAUAGAUGUGCCCAAAACGGUGGAAGAUCUUCAAAACUUUAGUAUUAUGUAAUGUGUUUUCAUCUGACUUUUUAAAAGCUUUAUGAAAGUACGUGAAAUUAAAUUGAAAAGAUUGAUAAGCACAUAUCCAUAAAUUCACUAUGAAUUCUUGAACCCUGUCAAUGCAGUUAUAUGUAGAACUGAUUCCUAGGGUUGCCAAUUAAUUAGAGAAUGGAAGCAUUUUGUAAGUUUUAUAGCAAACCUCAUAAUGCUGACCUUUCUUUCUUUUAAUAAUUUAAAGAAAUUAGUGAAUGUUGUUGAUUAUCAAGGUCCCAUGAUUUAGGAAAAGGAGUUGGAGGUGAUUUUUGUUGCACUCUUUCUUUGAUGGAUUGAGAGCACUUUGAAGUACAGUGCAACACAAGUGCACUGUAUCCAAAAGGCUCUUGGAACUGAGGUGAAUGAUAAGAAACAAUCUCACCCAUUUUAGUGGCUUUGAAAGAAGUAUUACAUUCAGAAAGGGCUUCAUAUUGUUCUAGAACUUGUACCAGUGUUUGGUACACAUUUGAAAGUGUGUUGUAAGUGCUUUGGUGGUCCUCUCAAGCACAAUGCAAUGGAGGGAAGAAGGUCCAUCCCCAAGCCCUUCCUGGCAUUUUCUAAAUGGCAAUAGGGGAGUGUAUUUGUGGUCCUUUGUGCGCUUAAAAGAGGGUGAUUCCAAUAAAUAAAAAAGCUGGUAAUAUAUACCCAUAAAUUUGUGAUAGAAAUGUUCAGCUGCCUUAUGCUUAAUUAGUUACCAUUGCCAGCAGUGAAUUCUUACAAUAAAUUGUGGCUUUUCAGAGCCACAUCAUUAAAAUCCCAAUUCAAUUUGAAGUGGUUAAUGUUAAUUGAACUCUAUAGAGUGCUUGUAGCUUAUUUAGUUUCUGUAAUAUUUAUUUUUUAUGUGGUGGGUGGGUGGUUUUUUGUUUUUCGGUUUGUUUGUUUUUUUGUUUUUUGCCUAUUGCACUGUUGUGAAUCAUUGGCCAUGAUUUAAUGUUUGUACAAAUGACACUGAGAUGUGCAUUCUAAAGAACGAUUUUUUAAAAAAACCUUAAAGAAAAUUUAUGGAGGUUGGUUAAAUGACAAUUGUAGGUAGGGUUUUUUUUUGGCCUGUUACAUACAUUUUAUAUUUCUGACAGUAUUUAAACCUUUUUGUUUUGAAUUCAUACUAAUUUCUAUUAAAUUGUCAAACUUUUAUAAUCAAUGUUCAUCAAAUAUUUUGAUAUUGGCUAAUUUUUGUUUGUCAAGAACAUGUUAAUCAAGAAAAUAAAUUUAACAGCCAUGUGCUAAUGGUUUUAUUGAAUUAAAAAUGUUAAGAUUCACAAAUAAAUUCUCUGGUCCACAUUCAAAGCCCUAAUGUGGUAAUAACUAACUGAACCUAUGAAAAAUGUUUGUAUUAAAUAAAUGCAAUUCUACAGAAAAACUAAAAGGA